AUGGAGGCCGUCGUGUACGAAGAUACUCCCGACGUGUCCGUGCGAUUGGAGCGGCUGAAGGUGUCACUGUUGGCUUUUAUCAGCGUUCCUGCCGUUGCACCGUCUGUUGUUGCUAUUAUUGUCCCUGUCGCUUUGGGAGUGAGGAAUGCGUCGUCAUCUAACAUCCGCGCGACAUCUUGCAUGCGAGAGGUGGCAGCGGUCCGACUGCAUCAGGCGUGCACUGAUCGAGCACAACUUCGAAGAUGGCUACGACAUGAGUUCGGGUGCGUGAUGAAUCUUUGGAUUGUUGCGGCCGUUGAUCCCCGUGACACGUCCGAGUUGUCCACGCUGGCCAAUUGGCAGAUUAACCGGCAUCGCUCACCGCUUGCUCAGGCAGAUGCCGUCUCUCUCUCGAUGCGGGAAGUGGCCUUGCUGUGGGGUGAGCAGCAGCGGGUACCCUUGCUGGCGCGGUUUCUACUACCGCAUCAGAGUCUCCUCCUCGACAUGACCUGUUGCUUUGGCGAAGGCAGCCGCCGGCCGGUUGAUCCCGCUGUGUUUGGUUCAUUGCAGGCGAAGCAUGUGGCGAAAGGCCGAACAUCCAUUAUUGUCUUCUAUAGUGCUUGGCUGCCCUUGACGGCGACCCCACACGGACUUGCACGUUUGCAGCAGCAGUUUCGCUGUUUUGCGCGAAAUGUACUUUCGCCCACACAAAUACCGUUUUGCUGCGCCUACGGUGGUGGUGUUGGUUCGCUUCAGCAGAACCUUGUUUCUGUACCCUCUCCUGGACGAAAGUCACACGAGGAGUGCCUGCAUCCAGUAACUUCUGCGGCGCUGUUGGCGACACGCUCCUUAAAAGACGUUUACAGCCUUGCUGGUGUUCUUUUCGGCUAUCCACAGGUGAACUACUAUGGUGAGGCGGCGGCAUUUUGUGCGUCCAUGCAAAGGAGACGACGUGCUGCCGGUCUGGUGUACAACGCUUCUCUCUCAUGGGAAAAGGGGGUCGUUGUGGUGAAACGUGAGGGUGCGACUGAUAGGGCAUCACGUGCACAACGACGGAAGCGAGGACGAGAGACAGUGGCAUUGGCUCAAAGCACCCCAGCCGAGGCGGAGGAGGAGUUGUCGUGGUGUGAAGACGUUGGGAACUAA